AUGUCUGCCCAGUUAAGAAAACGCGCAUCAACGCAGCCGAUCGAAGAGGCUGAUGGCAUUAUCCGCAAAAGAAGGCAUUCGAAUGGGAAUUCCGACUCCAAUGUUGUUGUGAAUGAUUACCUGGGUAAUACGUACGAGUCACCCUUACAACUUGCAUGUAAAAGUCCAGCCCCAUAUAGUGAUGAUGAAAUUGCGAUUGCAGAACGUAAUCGAGUUGAUUAUUCCAAAAAAAUAACUCUCGAAAUGGCUAGAAAUAAUACUGCUGGUCGUCCAGUACGUGUUUUUGCUGAUGGCAUCUAUGAUUUAUUUCAUUUUGGACAUGCCAAUCAAUUGAGACAAGCAAAGAAUGCAUUUCCAAAUGUGUAUCUGAUUGUUGGAGUUUGUGGUGAUGCAAGUACACAUAAAUAUAAGGGUAGAACUGUAACAUCGGAAGACGAACGUUAUGAAGCGGUUAGACAUUGCAGAUAUGUCGACGAAGUGUACAGAGAUACACCAUUCUACUGUACCGUUGAGUUCUUGAAGGAGCUUAAGAUUGAUUUCAUAGCGCACGAUGCGAUUCCCUAUUCAGCACCUGGUUCAGAAGAUCUCUAUGAGAAAUUUCGUCGUGAAGGAAUGUUUCUCGAAACGAAUCGCACUGAAGGGGUGUCGACAAGUGAUGUGGUUUGUCGCAUUAUCAGGGAUUAUGACAAAUAUGUUCGUCGCAAUUUACAACGAGGUUAUUCUGCUAAAGAACUCAAUGUUGGAUUCUUAGCUGCGAGACGAUAUCAGUUGCAAAAUCAAGUUGAUCAGUUGAAACAGAAGAGUCUGGAACUUAUACAUAACUGGAAAAACAAAUCGGAUGACUUCAUUAGAGGAUUCCUGGAGACUUUCCAUAAGGAUGGUGGAUUCAGCAGUAUGGGAAGCCGUCUAAGAGAGUUGGUAUCGAGAAGUCCAUCUCCAUCACUUGAAUAUGAAGAACAACCUGAAGAAGAUACUGUCGAUCAAGUCCAAACUUCCUCAUAA